GUGGAGCUUUUAUAAGCAAACAGCAAGUCCCCCUCUUACCAGACACCUCUUGAACUAGACAUUGCAACCAUGCCACAGUCCAAAGAGAUCUUCUUGGCUGAUAUGAAAUCUGGAACACAGGGUUCCAAGCAAACGGACUUCCAGCUAGUGCGGGUCAGAAAUACUUGGUGCCGAAUCAAGAAAGAUGAAAUCAUUCAUGAUGCUGAGAAUGAGAUCGUGGUCUCCCAGGCUAAAAUAUCUGAAACUGUCUCAGAUGGAGAGAUAUCCUGGACAGUGGAAGCACCUAUCUACCUUUGCUAUAAGGUGGUGGAAACACGCGGUCUCCUGGAUCCCUCCAACAAGACAUUGCUGUACGGGCACAUCAGAGAUCCAAAGGAACUGGAGAAAGCCCUUCACAACGAAGAGGCCCAGAGGCGUUUCAUUGUAAUCGAUAAGACGGUCGACGACUUGUAUGGCACCACAGUCAGAGAAUAUUUUGAAGCAAACUUGGUUCAGUAUAAAAUCCUUUCCCUGCCCACCACAGAAGAGACCAAAUCCAUGGAUUUGGUGCUUGAUAUUUUGCAGGAAGUGCAAAUCUUUGGCAUCGACAGGCGUGCUGAGCCUAUUAUAGCAAUUGGUGGAGGGGCGUGCCUGGAUAUUGUGGGGCUGGCAGCAUCGCUUUACAGGAGGCGCACCCCUUACAUUCGUGUCCCCACCACCCUCCUGUCCUACGUGGAUGCCAGCGUUGGAGCAAAGAACGGCGUCAAUUUCCUUCAGUGCAAAAACAAGCUCGGGAGCUACGUUCCUCCUGUUGCCACUUUCCUUGACAGAGCCUUCCUCAAAACAGUCCCCCGCCAGCACAUCUCCAAUGGACUUGGGGAAAUUUUAAAGAUGGCACUAAUGAAACACAAGGGUCUGUUUGACUUGCUGAAAAGUCAUGGGAAAUUCUUACUGGAUACCAAGUUCCAGUCGCACAGCGGCUUAGUUGACCAUGGUGACGCUGCACUGAAGACAACCCGAAUUGCCAUAGAAACCAUGCUGGAAGAGCUUGCCCCAAAUCUGUGGGAAGAUGAUCUGAACAGGCUGGUUGAUUUUGGCCACCUUAUAAGCCCAGAACUGGAAAUGAGAGUUUUACCAACGCUGAUGCACGGAGAAGCUGUGAAUAUUGAUAUGGCUUUCAUGACUUACCUGUCCCAUGUGAAGGGAUUUUUGAGCGACAGCGAGAAGGCUCAAAUCAUUCAGUGCAUGGUCGCUUUGGAGCUCCCGGUGUGGCACAAGAAAUGCACAUGGCAUCUUAUCAAAAAGGCCUUGACGGAAAGAUUGAAGCACAGCGCUGGGCACAUGAGAAUGCCUCUCCCAACUGGACUAGGAACAGCAGAUAUAUUCAACGACAUCAGUGAGGAAACCCUGGAGAGGGCUUACGUUCUCUGGACCAGUGAAUGCAAAAACACCUCUGCAGAAGCAUGAAUAUAAUGGAAGCAGAUGAAAACA